CUCACUUUUGUGUACGGAGAACAGCAGAGCUUUCUAUUCAUCACUAACUAAGCGUCUACCUGAGCUCCCGUAUUUCAGGCGCAGCAGCUUUACUGACAUCAUCGAGAUUUUCUUUUCGUAGAAAUAAAAAAAAUAAACCAAAUGCCUCCUUUACAAAGAAGACGACGACAGGUGGAGGAUGAGGACUCAGAAGAGGAAACCAGGCACCCCAGACAGCGCCGAAGUCGCGACGCAUCCAACGAAGAUGGCGAAUCCGAAAACGAUGCCGUAGAUACCACCGUUAGCGCAGAAGAGCAGCUUGCGAAGAAACUGGUGCGCUACGCUCUGGCUUGCGAGUUCUCUCGGACGCCAAUCCGUCGAGAUGGAAUUAAGGAACGAGUUCUUGGUGAUCAGGGUAGAGCCUUCAGGAAAGUUUUCGAACUGGCACAGCAGCAGCUCCGCGCCGUCUGGGGCAUGGAAUUGCAGGAGCUCGCCGUCAGAGAAAAGUUCACAAUGGCAGAGAAACGUCAAGCAUUGAAAUCCGGCUCCCAAGCAAAGACCAGCUCCGGCGUCUUCGUCCUCUCCACGACACUCCCUUCCCGAUACCGCGCCCCGGCCAUCAUCGCCCCUUCCAAAGCGCCAAGCAUCGAAGCCGAAGCAUCGUACACAGGCUUCUACACCAUGAUUAUAACCAUCAUUCUCGCGAGCGGCGGCGAACUGUCCGAACAGAAGCUGCGGCGGCACCUCAAUCGCCUAAACGCCGAGGCCAACGUCGCAUCGGAGAGGACCGAAGACGUGCUGAAGCGCAUGCAGACGCAGGGCUACGUCGUGCGUAAGGUGCAGAAGAACGCAGCAACGCAGGCGCAGGACGGCAGCGAGGAUGUCACUUGGCUUGUCGGCCCGCGCGGGCUCGAGGAGGUUGGCGUUGAUGGGGCAGCAGGCAUGGUACGUGCUGUGUAUGGUGAGCAGGCGGAUGCGGAUCUGGAGAAGAAGAUCGGGGUAACUUUCGGGAUUCAGCCAGCCGAAGAUGCCGAUGGCGACGUAGACAUGUCGCAGGCUCCGGGGGCCGGUCCGUCGCAUUGAGGGAACGUACAGAUGCGCAGAAAGGAUGCGCAUGGCGAAGAGACGCCGGCCAGGAUUUGGUGGAAAGGGAUACCCAAGAAGUAGCAAGCGUUUUGAGCGCAUGAGUGCAUGAGUGCAUGAACAGCCAGUAGACACCGGCAAUGGAUUUUCGGGGGUAUCUAUCUA